GUUUUGGUUUUUUUGUUGACGUUGUAGCAGUGUUCGCUGGCCAGUGCAUAUAUAAGUAUUAUUAUUAUUUUUGUUAAUAAAAUAAGUAGAAUUUAAAUAAAUAUCGGUCACCAUGUCAGUGGCAUACGAUUCCGUGUUGUCGACAACGGCAGUGAUUAGCACAGUUUUUCAAUUUUUGUCCGGAGCCGUAAUUUGUCGCAAGUACAUACAAAAGAAGAGCACCGGCGACUCCUCUGGCGUGCCAUUCAUAUGUGGCUUCUUAUCCUGCAGCUUUUGGCUACGCUAUGGAGUGCUAACGAACGAGCAGAGCAUCGUUAUGGUCAAUAUAAUCGGUUCAACGCUAUUUCUGAUCUAUACGCUUGUCUACUAUGUGUUUACAGUAAAUAAACGUGCCUAUGUCAAGCAAUUUGCCAUCGUUCUUGGCAUCCUCAUUGGUGUCAUUGUUUAUACGAACACCAUGCAAGACGAACCUCAAAAGAUGAUACAUUUUACAGGCAUUGUUUGUUGCAUUGUUACGGUUUGUUUCUUUGCCGCGCCCCUCACGUCGCUGGUGCAUGUGAUACGAGUGAAGAACUCGGAGAGUUUACCUCUGCCCCUCAUUGCCACAUCGUUCUUUGUUAGCCUGCAGUGGCUCAUCUAUGGCAUAUUAAUAUCUGAUUCGUUUAUACAGAUACCCAAUUUCCUUGGAUGUCUACUGUCCUUGCUGCAAUUAGGACUCUUUGUUUUGUAUCCGCCACGUAGCUACAGCUAUUCCGGCCAAGGCUAUAAAUUAUUGGAACAGGCUGUGCCCUUCUGAAUUGCAUAUAUUACAUUAUUUAGUUGUGUACUUAUACUGCGCAUUUUGCAAACAUGAUAAUUAAGCAUAAUACAGGUAUAUACUUAUAUAUGUAUAUUUUGAUAUAACGUAUCGCUUGCUUAGUUACUAUAUAGUCGUAUACGUAUUUGUAGCAUUU